CUCCCGCGCUCACAGCGGCCGGCCAUGGGCUGCGACGGGCGCGUGGCGGGGCUGCUCCGCCGCCACCUGCAGCCCACGCUCACCUACUGGAGCGUGUUCUUCAGCUUCGGCCUGUGCAUCGCCUUCCUGGGGCCCACGCUGCUGGACCUGCGCUGCCAGACGCACAGCUCGCUGCCCCAGAUCUCCUGGGUCUUCUUCUCGCAGCAGCUCAGCCUCCUGCUGGGCAGCGCCCUCGGGGGCGUCUUCAAGCGAACCUUGGCGCAGUCACUAUGGGCGCUCUUCACCUCCUCCCUGGCCAUCUCCGUGGUGUUCGCUGUCAUCCCCUUGUGCCACAAUGUGAGGGUGCUGGCCUCAGUCAUGGCGCUAGCGGGCCUGGCUAUGGGCUGCAUUGACACGGUGGCCAACAUGCAGCUGGUGAGGAUCUACCAGAAGGAUUCUGCCAUCUUCCUGCAGGUUCUCCACUUCUUUGUGGGCUUUGGCGCUCUGCUCAGCCCCCUCAUCGCCGACCCCUUCCUGUCUGAGGCCAGCUGCUUGCCUGCCAACGCCACGGCUGGUGCCCGCAUGCUCCACGCCUCAGGGGCCCUGGGCCAGCAAGUGACCCCUCCAGUCAACCAGACGCUGCCCCCCAGGACAUCCCCCCAGAGUGGGACAGGGAUUCGUGUGUCCUAUGCCUUCUGGAUCAUGGCCUUGAUCAAUCUCCCGGUGCCCUUGGCUGUCCUGUUUCUGCUGUCCAAGGAGCGGCUGCUCACCUGCCCCCAGCGCAGGCCCCUGCUCCUUUCGGCGGAUGAGCUGGCCAUGGAGACGCAGCCCCCGGAGAAGGAAGACGCUUCCUCCAGCUCCACCUCCUCCUCGCUGCCCCCCAAGUUUCAGCCACACCCAGACCUGUUCAGCUGCUGUUGGAGGAGGAACUGCAGAGGGGCCCCUUACUCCUUCUUUGCCAUCCACAUCUUGGCAGCCCUGGUACUGUUCAUGACUGAUGGGAUCACGGGGGCAUACUCGGCCUUUGUGUACAGCUAUGCUGUGGAGAAGCCGCUCUCUAUGGGACACAAGUCAGCUGGUUACCUGCCCAGCCUCUUCUGGGGCUUCAUCACCCUGGGCCGACUCUUCUCCAUCCCCAUCUCCUCCAGAGUGAACCCUGCCAGUAUGGUCUUCGUCAAUGUGGUUGGCGUGGUGGUGACGUUCUUGAUGCUCCUCGUUUUCUCCUACAACGUCAUCUUCCUGUUCGUGGGCACAGCCAGCCUAGGCCUAUUCCUCAGCAGCACCUUCCCCAGCAUGCUGGCCUAUACCGAGGACAUCCUGCAGUACAGAGGCUGUGCCACCACCGUGCUGGUGACAGGAGCGGGAAUUGGCGAGAUGGUCCUCCAGAUGCUGGUCGGCUCGGUCUUCCAGGCACGGGGCAGCCACAGUUUCCUGGUCUGUGGUGUGAUCUUUGGUUGCUUGGCUUUUACCUUCUAUAUCUUGCUCCUGUUUUUCCACAGGAUGUACUCCAGACUCUCAUCAGGUCCUACUCCAGACAAGCCUCUUGGAUUGGAAGACUUGGAGUUCUACCAGAGGUAAAACUAGGCAGCAGCGGCAAGCGAAGACAUUCAGGCUCUCAAGCACCAGCACAGACCAAAGGGUUCAAGGCAGCUGGGCUGAGAUGGAAGCACUCCCAACUCUGGACACAGCAUGAGACAGCUGGCA